CCGGUGAGAAUCCAGAAUUUAGACUAAAUCGAGAUCAUGAUCAACAACUUGAAAGAUUCAGAGAUCAUAGCUUACGAUGCGGACAACAACUUUACACCUCAGCCCCUGGUAAAAGAGAAAGACGAGGAGAUUGUACCGCUCCCCGAGCAAUGGGAUGACCCAACCGCAUGGCCACUUUGGCGAAAAUGGUCAAUUGUGAUAUGUGUAGCCCUUAUGUACAUGCUGGCGAAUUUUGGAACCAUUAUAAUUGUUCCCGGUGUACCUCUCAUUCUCUCCGAGUUCAACGAAUCUGGGAAACUAUACCAACCUUUAAUAGUCUCCAUCUGGGAACUAGGUGAAGGUGUAGGGUCGUUUUUGGUCGGGCCUUUAUCAGAGAGAUACGGUCGGAAAAUCAUUUACCAUAUUGGAAAUGCCAUCUUCAUUCUCUGCUCUGUUGCGUCCGCUCUGAGUGUCAACGUCUCCAUGCUGGUGGCCUUCCGUUUUAUCAACGGCAUGGCAGUCACCGUUCUCACUCUUUCGCCGAGUAUCAUUGGAGACCUUUUCGUCCGCGAAGAACGAGGUACAGCGAUGGCUGUAGCGAUCUCAGUGCCAUUGAUUGGGCCAUGUGUAGCCCCAAUCGUGGGCGGAUACGUGGCGAGCGCCCUCGGAUGGCGAUGGGCUAUUUGGCUGAUAGCUAUUGCGGUGGGAUGUGUAUCUAUGUUUUCUUUACUUGUCUUUAAGGAGACGUACAAGUCAAAGAUCCAGGAGAAACAGUCUCGGAGGAAUCCAAACUCUGGACCGGAUAGCCCUCCCGCUCAGGAAAUCGCUCGCAAUGAAUCGCCACAAGAGACAAAACUUCAGAGCUUUUUGCGCCCGGUUCGCUUACUCUUCUCUUCGCCAGUUGUCUUAGUGACUUCACUUUUUACGUCUCUCAUUUACGGUUUCUCUUAUCUCAUCUUGACCACUCUUGCGGAGAUCAUGCAAGAGACCUACGGAUUUGGCUCGGGGCCUGUAGGAUUAACCUUCCUCGGUCGAGCGAUUGGUAAUCUCAUUGGUCUAGCCUUGUACGGCCUUACAUCUGAUCGCUAUCUAGAAUAUCGACGUCGCAAAGCGGGCAAUUCAAUUCCUGAGGACCGUCUCCCAUUAAUGAUUCUGGGGACUGCUUUAUUGCCCGUUGGCCUGUUUCUCUACGGCUGGUCAGCACAUUUCCAUGUCCAGUGGAGUGUACCUUUGAUUGGAACGGGCAUUGUGGGGCUCAGCAUGUUGCUGACGAAACUGCCAACAGAUAAUUAUCUUGUGGACGCAUUUGCUCCGCAGGGAACAUCUGCAUCAAUCCUGUCUGCAGACGCUACACUGAAAGCCUUGUUUGGGGCAAUAUUCCCAUUGCUUGGUCCGUCUUUGUAUCGGAAUUUGGGACUUGGAUGGGGAAACUCACUCUUGGCGUUUAUUGGGUUAGUGUUUCUGCCACUAUUUAUCAUAUUGUGGCGGGAGGGUCAGGAGUUAAGAACGGAGGGAUGGGGCUAUUUGAAUGUCAUGAUGAAACGAAGAUGAAUAGCUCAAGAUCAAACAAAUUGCCUAUCUCUCCGGGUAAUAA